UUUUGAUUUUGUUUUGUUUUACGUACACCGGUUUUAAAAUCAUAAGAACUUAGUUUUUGUAUUUACUAUAUUUGUAUUUAUUAUCCAGUCUAAGCAGUAAGAUCACUAUUACUUUUUAUAUUCAUUGGUUAGCUAGAUAAUUUUGUUCAGUAGAAAUUCAUCUUCUUGCAAUUUUUAUCUUCUAAUGACCAGCAAAAAAAAAUUGAAUGAUCCAGUGAGAAACCUCAAACUUUUGAACUGAUACAAACUUGCUUAUCUACAUCAAGUUAUAUUUAGAAUGAUUUCAAUAUAAUUAAUUGUUUUCCAAAAACAAAAUGACCGAAUUCAUAACCCACAUGAAAUUUUUGGGGUCAUCUACUUAUUAUGUAAUGGUACAAAACUGGGUACAAAAGGGUCCAUCGAUUUGGACUAAGAAAAAGCAAAUUGAUAAUCGCGAAAUGCCUAACCUUGAUACAAAAUAUCAUUUAAAUAGACAAAAUUUUACACUAUAAAUACAAACACACACCACCUUCAUUUCUUCACACACAACUAUUUCUCCCACUCACGAAACAAAAAAAAUGGCUACCCAAAUAUCGAUUCUAAAAAACACUCUCAUCCUUUUUCUCUUCACCUUAACCAUCCUAACAAAAACCACGUUCUCUCAACACUGCGAUUUUACAGGAUGUGCGAGUUUCAUGUGCUGCAGUAGGUAUGGAUACUGUGGCACCACAGCCGAUUAUUGUGGCACAGGAUGCAGAAGCGGGCCUUGCAGCUACGAAAGCGGUGGUGUAGGUCUCAACGCUGCCCCACGUGAUAGAAUUGCAAAUGUUGUCACACCAGCAGUUUUUGCUGGUAUCAUGAGCAAAGUAGAAAACGGCUGCCCAGCAAAAGGUUUCUACACUCGUCAGGCUUUCAUCACGGCUGCUCAAUCGUUCCCGGCCUAUCGAGGAACCGUCGCUAAGCGUGAAAUCGCCGCCAUGUUGGCUCAGUUCUCACACGAAUCUGAUAGUUUUUGUUACAAAGAAGAAAUAGCAAGAGGAAGGUACUGCCAAGCUAGCUCAGUCUACCCUUGUCAACCGGGAAAGAACUAUUACGGUCGUGGUCCUAUCCAAAUCACAUGGAACUACAACUACGGUGCAGCCGGAAAGUUCCUUGGACUCCCUCUAUUGACUGAUCCAGAUAUGGUGGCUCGUAGUCCUGAGGUGGCCUUUAAGUGUGCCAUGUGGUUCUGGAACGAAAAGGUUCGUCCCGUGGUGGACCAAGGCUUUGGAGCCACCACACGUAGGAUUAACGGUGGGGAGUGCGACGGUGGGAGUCCGACAAGGGUGCAAAGCAGAGUUAAUCGCUACUUGGAGUUCUGUAGGCAGUUUGGGAUCUCCCCUGGAACAAGUCUUAGUUGUUAAAGACAUUUCAUGUGGUUAAUAUGGCAACCUUCAUGCUAUCAUGUUGGUCUCGCGCGUGUGAGUUAAUAAGUAAAUGGUGUGUGAAUAAAAGGUUAUGAGGUGUAACCUAAUGAAUGUAACAUACUAUCAUGUGUUGUCUGUAUCAGUUGUCAUAAAAUAAUGUAUCCAUCAUAAUAAACACUGGUGUGAUUCGUCUC